AUGGCGACCCAAGUUCUCACCAAAUUCACCAGAGUUGAGCUGUUCCCGAAUGGCGGUUGGGACACUCACCAUCACAUUUUCGAGCCGUCGACCUUUUCUUACAGCCCAACCCGCCACUUGACACCUCCCGCUGCAACAGUUCAGUCCUUCAAGACCUUCCGACAGAAACUCGGCAUCACCAAUUCCGUCCUUACCCACGGCCUAUCAUACGGCGAUGACUGUACUUCUCUCAAGGCUUUCGUUACCCAGCUGGGAAAGUCUAGUACAUCAGGCGUUGGUGUCAUCGACCCCAAGAAUACUACCGAUGAUGAGAUGCGAGAUAUGCAGGCUGCAGGUAUCUGUGGUCUUCGUGUGAAUCUCUAUCACUAUAACGCGAUGGAAGAUGUAGAGCUCCAAAAGAAGACCCUCCGUGCAUAUCUUGGGCGGGUGACGCGUUUGUCACUUCCUUGGAGCCUCACAAUGACAACCAUCCGAACCGACUUCUGGGAUAUUCUGGAGCCUUUCGUUAGAGAAGAGGCGGCUCCAACAGGUCGGCCCCUCAUCACUGAUCACUUCGGCCUGCUUAAAGCGCCAAGUAUGCUUCCAACUCAAUAUCGACAAGACCCAACUCAACAGCCAGGAUUCGCACCCAUUUUACGACUCGUCAAAGACGGUCUUCUCUAUGUCAAGCUCAGCGCUCCAUACCGAGUGAGUGAACAGAGCCCACGAUACAGCGACUUGAAGUUCCUUGUGCGAGCUCUUGUAGAUGCAAAUCCGCGUCAGGUCAUUUGGGGUAGUGACUGGCCGCAUACACCGAGGAUGAAGGUACGAAGUCAUGAAGAAGCUAUGAGAGAGACACCAUUUUUGGAGGUUGAUGAUGAGGCAUGGCUGUGGAGUUUGAGGGAGUGGCUGUCGGAUCAGGAAUGGCACAUGUUGAUGGUUGACAAUCCGAAAAGGCUAUUUGGCUAG